AUGAUUUUAACUCUAUGUCAAUCAAAUAUCUCCUUCACAUACGGAUCAUCGCAAUUGAACGAGCAAGUCAUACCUUUUCAUGAAUACCUUCGUCAACAUUAUCCAAUUCAUUAUCAAGAAAGAUCGUUACCCAAUGACAUUGUAUUCGCUGAUAGCAGAGCAAUGGCACAUGUUAAUCGCAACUCAGUAUCACGUUUCGACUCGUUCAAACGUGAUUCUCGUCAACCAAGUCAAUCCAAUAAACGCAUGCUUUGUUUCUUUCAUGCUGUCAAUUGUUUUGGUUAA